UUCAACGUUACUCCACUUUGGAUAACAAAUACACAAACAGACCACAGUGGAUUAAUUCAUCUUUUUCCCCGCAAUCCUCAAAAUCAACCCUAAUUUACAAAAUUAAACUCAAAUUCUAUCCCAAAAACUUGAAUCAUACUAAGAGAUGGAUGAAUCAGAGAAGAGAAGAGAAAGAUUAAAAGCAAUGCGACUAGAAGCUACAUCUGAAAUUGUUUCCUCUUCUACUUCCUCAUCUUUCUCCCAACAAACCCUAAAUUCACCUCUUGCAAAUCCUUUGCUUGAUAACUUUGAUUCCAGUGUCGCUGCAACUCCUCCACCUCGUUUUGAUUUUUAUACUGAUCCAAUGGCCGCUUACGCCACCGAUAAACGCCGAACUUUCAUCCCUAGACCUAAUUUUUCACCCUCUUAUGGAGCAAGGAGCCACCCUGAAACGCACUUCUCUGGUGCUAAUCAGUUUCAUAAUAACUAUGUACUGCCUCAGGAUAUGUAUCGUGGUGGUGCUUCGUAUCAUAGCCCUGGCAGGGGUGGCCCUACAUCAAGCCCAAUGGGAUGGAGCCCACAUCCAGUGCAGCAAGGUAAUCCGGACUUUAGAACUGCACCUGGUAGGGGUCCCUACUUAAAUAAUACACCUGGUCCUGGAUCAUAUAGAAGUAGCCCUAAUCCUGGAUAUCAAGGUAGCCCUAACUUCAGAUCUCCUCCACCAGGAAGGGGUCAUUGGUCUAACAAUAGUCCGUGCCCUAGCCCUGGACGUGGAGAUGGCCCUAGCUGUGGUUUAGGGAGAGGGAACAUGCAUUGGAAUGGCAGGGGAAUCAGUCCAAGUACAGGAUAUUCUGGCGGAAGAGGUCAGGGAAGGGGAAGGGGAAGGGGAAGAGGCUAUCAUGACGGUCCAUCACAACCUUUUUACAACAACUCCAUGGUGGAAGAUCCUUGGAAAUUUUUGACUCCUGUAUUUUGGAAGGGAGAUGAACGGAAUGAUGCGAUAAGUUUUACAGACAGGCAAGGAUCUUUUAAUAUUAAUUUUCAUAAAACGCCUCCUUCACAGAAAACACCGACUGCAAAAAAAGCUCGGUUUCCAGAUUGUUUUGACACAUCAAGUUCAAAGCAGAGCCUUGCUGAGUUUUUAUCUGAAUCUUUUGACCAGGUUGAAGAUACAACUGUGUAAUGUUAUCAUUUGCAAGGAAAUGCUGUACUUUGUACUUCAUUUCCUUUUCUUCCUCUAAAAGUGUCAGUUACUUGUAACCUUACGUUGAUUAUGCAAUGUUGUUUUUAGUGGCACUGUAACAGAACUUGUGUACUUUAUAUCCAACCAUUUAAUUUAUAUUUUGAUAAUGCAAGGAAUAAUUAUCUCUUCA